AUGGACACUGCUUGUGGCUGGCUGGUCCUUCCCCAGGGUCACAUCAAGGGAGGGUCACAAGGAAGGGUAGUUUGGUUAUUUUGUGAAAAAGUGGGGAAAAUCACAAUCAGAAGACCCAAGAAAGGACCUAAUCCAACCACUAUGGAUAAACAAAUCACAAAGGAAUUUUUUAGAAUCAAAGUGAGUGAAGAAGUUGCUAAAGUCACAUUGUGGGGCAAUAGGUUGGACUUUAUAGAUUCAAUGUCAAUGGGAUUGUUGGUGGAAUCUGAUCAUUGCAUUGGUAUUAUUGGUAAGAAUGUUGCACAGUCGGAUGUAUAUGAUAUUAUUUAUAAACGUGGGAUUCAGUUAUUGAAACAAUAA